AUGACUAAUUGUUUUACCAAUACAGGUGUUUGCUUUGGAGGGUGUGCACUUGGCCGAGCUGGACAAUACUGUAAUAAAUAUAACUUGGCUUACAAUCAAACAGCAAAGAUAAUUCCUGUGGGCCAAACUAAUGCAAGACUUUCAGUCGAUGGAGUCAUAUCAACUUGUAAUAGUUUGUCUUUUACUGGAACCAGUUCCUAUUUGCAGGUUGCAUUUGAAUCCCUAAGUGUUAUAACUACAUUGCAUUUUGUUUUUGGAGAUAAAACGACUGAUUACGAUGGUCAUGCAGUCUAUUGUUCUAAUACCACUGAUACUUGGAUUAAUGGCACAGUAUUGUACAGGGGCAAACGUUUAGACAAGGACAUCAAUGUCUUUGUUGUUUGCAUAUAUUUGAUAUAUGUACCACCAAUGUUAAAUGGAGAUUCUAAAGUUGAAUUGUGUGAAAUAGAAAUCGGUGGCUGUCCUUUAGGAAGACAUGGAAUCAACUGUAAAAACAUUUGCCACUGCAACGGACCAUAUGAUGUUAUUACAGGAAAUUGCACAUUUGGCUGUUUAGAUGGAUGGAUGGGUUACAGAUGUGACAUUGGUAAAAGUAUUUAUGGCUGGAUGAAUUUCUAA